GAGAGAGAGAGAGAGAGGAGAGAGAGAGAGAGAGAAGUAGAGAGAGGGAGAAAGAGAGCGAAUGGUCUUUUCUUCGGUGAGGAACUUCGCAGGACCCUUCAAGGACAUUUUCGGGACGUCCCAGGGAUACCUUUAGGACCUCCCGGCAGCAUCCCUGAUCCGGUGGGAUGCUAUAUUGAAGCGAGCGGUGGCAACCUUCUAUGGACCAUUCGCAAGAUAAAAAAAUCGAGAACAUAGGCAGAAUGACGGCGAUGACGCAGGAGGAGAUUGUGGCUGGAGCACGGACGGUUGCGCAGGGUCUGGAAGCUCUUAGAGUUGAGCAUGGCGGUUUGCUUCAAGGCCUGCAAUCGCAAGACGCACCAGCCGCUCGGGACAAGGCUAGUCUGUUAUCUAAAAUUAUCGAGAUGAUUGACCUGGGCCUAGGCGAAGCGCAGGUGAUGCAGGCCUUGGCAAGUCACCUGCAGAUGGUAGAGGCGGAAAAGCAGAAACUGAGGACACAGGUGAAGAGGCUGUGCCAGGAGAAUGCCUGGCUCAGAGAUGAGCUAGCUGGCACUCAACAGAAGUUGCAAGCGAGUGAGCAAGCUGUUGCUCAAUUGGAAGAAGAAAAGAGGCAUUUAGAUUUUAUGGCCAGUAUGCGACAGUACGAUCCAGACCCAUCAACAGAGGAUGAAAAUGCUAAGGAUCGACCAAAGGAUGAUCCUGUGGUGGAUCUUUUUCCUGAUGAUGAUGCAGACGAUCGCAAUAGCAAAUCUAUAUCUCCGACUCCACCAUCACAAUUUGCUCAGCAAGUAAAUGCUGGUUAUGAGAUACCGGCACGUUUGCGCACACUGCACAAUCUGGUGAUUCAGUAUGCGAGUCAGGGACGUUAUGAAGUGGCAGUUCCUCUGUGCAAACAAGCUUUGGAAGAUCUGGAAAAAACUUCCGGUCAUGAUCAUCCCGAUGUGGCAACCAUGUUGAACAUCCUCGCGCUUGUAUAUCGAGAUCAGAACAAAUACAAAGAAGCUGCAAAUCUUCUAAAUGAUGCUCUAACGAUUCGAGAGAGAACACUGGGUGAAAAUCAUCCCGCGGUAGCGGCGACGCUGAACAAUCUUGCAGUGCUAUAUGGAAAACGAGGGAAAUAUAAGGAAGCUGAACCUUUAUGUAAAAGAGCAUUGGAGAUUCGAGAAAAAGUGCUGGGUCGUGAUCAUCCGGACGUGGCAAAGCAAUUGAACAAUCUGGCACUGCUGUGCCAGAAUCAAGGCAAAUAUGAAGAAGUUGAGCGCUAUUAUCAACGAGCACUUGAGAUCUAUGAGGCCAAACUUGGCCCGGAUGAUCCAAAUGUCGCUAAAACAAAGAACAAUCUAGCAUCAUGUUAUUUGAAGCAAGGAAAGUACAAGGAUGCCGAAGUGCUGUACAAACAGGUGCUCACCAGAGCGCACGAGAGAGAAUUUGGCACUAUCGAUAGCGACAACAAGCCAAUUUGGCAGGUAGCAGAAGAGAGGGAGGAAAAUAAACACAGGAACAAGGAGAACACACCAUAUGGGGAAUAUGGUGGUUGGCACAAAGCUGCAAAGGUGGAUUCUCCUACUGUUACUACUACCUUGAAAAACCUCGGUGCCCUUUAUCGAAGACAGGGUAAAUACGAAGCUGCGGAAACUCUCGAAGAUUGCGCUAUGAGAUCUCGAAGAGAGCACGUGCAACAAGCGUUGGAGUUAGUGAACAAAGCGCGAGUGGCACAAUUGCUGGGCGACGAAAAGAGCUCUACCAGACGUGGCUCGCGAUCCAGUCUGGCCAACAGCGAACACGAGCAAAGUCAUGAUGAGGCGAACAGCUCGCUGCCACUGGUGCAAAGGGCGCUACAUGAAGGACAGUCAGCGGCAGGCAGCGGCCAGCACCACGACGCUAGUCCUAACAAACCCGGGUUUAAAAACAAGAUCUUCCAAGCUUUUGGCAUUCACUCGUCAUCCACAUAGGCCGGGUGGAUCCUAUUUUCCGUUUCUCGUUAUCUUCUAUUCCGCCUUAUCAUAUCAUCAUAUCUGUUCUCUUCAGCUUCGUGUCCUCUAUUUUUUCUAACAGUUUUUAUUUUCUCUUUCUCUCUUCAAUGCUUUCUUAUAACAUUCUUAUCUCACUUUAAAUGCAGAAUAUAUAAAAUGUACUGCAGCUAAAGAGAACAGAUCUAUUUUAUCGUGGUUUCAUUUCGUCAUUCGUCGACGAUCUUUUUAAGUAUGACGUCACUAAAUAGAUAGAUGUGCUUCUAUAGUGAAUAAGAAAGAUAGAUUUCCUUGUCAGAAUAAGAAUUUUAAAAUAUACUCUUUAAUCUCUUUAUCUUUCAAAUUUAACUUAUAUGAAAAAUUAACAUUAAUCAGAUAAUUCCUGGAUAUUUUUUUAUUAAAAUAACUAUUGAAAUAUUAAUAGUAAUCCAAUUAAUCAAAUUUAAAAUAAAAUAUUAAAAUUACGAAUAUUAAAAUAUUAACAAGAUUUAUUUUAUCUUUUGUAAAGUCACAAAUUACACAAUUAUUUGUAAAUAAUUUAUUCAGUUAUGAUUACGAUAUGAUUUGUAAUGAUUUUUUAUAUGAAUCGAGAGAAUAUACUUAGAAAAGAUUGAAAUCAGAUACAAGAAGUAUCAAUUCGUGAAGUUCGACAAAAACCUGUGCCAUGUGAUCCAUAUAUAGGCACAAUGCAUAUAUCCCGAAUGAACUCCGAAUAGAACACAUCUAACUAUAUUAUGUGAUAAAAUGUGACGUCUAGUAUAAAUGGGUACUUCCAAAAGAAUCAUCCAAUAUAAUAUUAUUCUGCGGAGUUCUCCUCACUAUAAUGAUACUUUAACUUAAGAAUUUUAUUCGUUCAAAAUAUUUUAUGUUAAAAACUAUAUUCAACGUACAUUUUAUUGCACAAUCCGUAAAGCUACUUGCCGUCGUUUCCAAAGAUAGUAAAAAAACUUUAAUAAUUUUUUUUUAAAGACGACAAGAUGGCGGUAUUUAAUAUGGCAUUUCUCUUUAUACCUUAAUAGAUACAAAUUGAAAACUUUCUCACAUGUUUUAGUAUCAUACUUACUUGCAGGGUGUAAUCAUCGUUUCAAUUGGAACACCUUGGCUAAAUUGCAUUUAUGAGACUAACUUUCCAGAUAAAUAAAAGUCUGCUUACAUACCAUAAA